AAAAAAUUAGUAGAAAAAUUAGGAUAUAUUGCUGUAUUUUUCUUUUAUAUAGUAUUAUAUGGCAAUAAGGAGUACCCUGGACCUUACUAUGAAAUUGAAAAAGGUUUAUUCUUAUUAUACCAUUUAUUCAGAUGGUUAAUGUUUCUUAAUAUGAAAUUAUAUCACAAAAUGGAUGAUAAAGAUACUAUUGCUAUUGACGGCAGAUAUACUUUGUUUGUAAACCAAUUUGUGGCGGGCACCAUAGCUGUUGAAAAAGGUUAUACAUAUAGUGAUUCUAAUUUUGUUUAUCCUAUUAGAAAAAAUGUUAAUGAAAGUUUAUCUAUAACUGAAAACCAUUUUAAUAAGACCUUUGGAAGUUUUCGUUCAAAAAUAGAAAAUCAGUUUUCAGAGUUAGGUAAUAAAUUUUAUAGAUUUAAUAACAAUAAAUCAGUUGUUAGAAUGGAUAAUAUAAAGUUUUACAAUUUACAAUUUAAGGUUGCCUGUUUAUUAAAAAAUAUCAGUAUUUUUGUAGAUAAAUUUAAUGUACCAAUUUUACCCCAUCAUAAACUAUGGGAAUCAGAUGGAUUUGAAUUUCCUGUUGAAAAAAAAUUAUUAGAUAUUGUAGUAAGUAAUGAUAAGCAAAAUAAAGAUAAAUUAGAUAAAAUGCUUGAAUUACAAAUGAAUUUCUUAAAUAUGAAUGUAUCAGAAAAUAAUAUGGUUAUUGAUGAGUUUUCAGAUGAAGAUUCUAAUAAUUAUAAAGAUAUUUCAGUGAAGGUGAAGAUGUCCCUAAAUUCAAUGAAAGGUCUAAAAAAAGAAAAUUAA